GGUUUGGCCAGACCUCUUGUGAUUAGUCAGACCUGGGGAGAUGCAUGGGUCCAUUUUGGUGCUGGAUUAGAGACCAGAGAGAAGAUGGAGGGACAACAGCCAGCAGAUGCAGGAGCUGGAAAAGGCCCUCCAGCUGCUCAGCCUUGGAGCUAUGGAAAGAAUGGGGCAAGUCCUGGGCAGAAGGGCCAAGAGGAAGAAGCCAGCAGUUCAGAGGUCCAAAGUUGUGACUUUAGCAAAGUGCAGUUCCAGGGGGGGAAGAGUCCCCGAGAUGUUUGCACUCAGCUUCACCACCUUUGCUGUCAAUGGCUGCAGCCAGAAAGACACACCAAGGCUCAGAUGCUGGACUUGGUGCUCCUGGAGCAGUUCCUGGCUGUCCUUCCCCCAGAGAUGGAGAAAUGGGUGAGGGAGUGUGGAGCGGAGACCAGUUCCCAGGCGGUGGCCCUGGCCGAAGGCUUCCUCCUGACCCAGGAGUCUGAGAAGAUGCAAGAAGAGUUGCAGUCUUUGCAAGCUAUCACCGAGUAUCCCCAGGGGUGGAAAGAUUCAUCGAAAUCCUCUCAAGAGCUGCUAUUCAGGGAGAUCUCCCAGGAAGGUCAAAGUCAGGACAUUGCACCAGAGAAUAGAAAGCUGUCCUUAGUAUUUUUAGAACGACCUUCUCUUUGUGAUAGAGCUGAAAGAGUGGCUGAACCUCUGCCUCAGGGUGGUGUGUCUUUUGAGGAAGUGGCCGUGCAUUUCUCCGAGGAGGAGUGGUCUCAACUGGAUCCUGCCCAAAAAGCUCUCCAUGGGGAAGUCAUGCUGGAGAAUUCCAGAAAUCUGGCCUCUCUGGGCUAUAAUGAGCAUGGGAAUAAGAAUUGUAAGGAACAAUGUCAACCAGUCGAUCCAAACGAGCAAAACAGGAAUUUUGCAGAUCAGAUGCAAACAAAGAUUGAUGAAACAAACCAAUCCCAAAGUGAAGUUGAAAAAACCUUUCAUUCCACCCAUCAUCUUCUUAGCCAUACAAUCAUCAAUACGAGAGAAAUACCAUAUCAAUGCAUGGAUUAUGAAAAGAGCUUUAAUAAACACGAGCAUUUCAUUCCCCAUAAAGAGACACAUUCAGAAGACAAACAAUAUACCUGCAUGGAAUUUGGAAAGACCUUCUGUUAUUAUGACUCUUUUACACUCCAUCAAAGGAAUCUCAUAGGAGAAAAACCUUAUAAAUGCAUGGAGUGUGGAAAGGCCUUUAGUUGUAGCAGUAGUCUUAAUGUGCACAAGAGGAUCCACACAGGAGAGAAACCAUAUCAAUGUCUUGAAUGUGGAAAGAGUUUUAAGUGGAAUUGUCAUCUUACAUCCCAUAAAAGGAUCCACACAGGAGAGAAGCCAUAUAAAUGUAUGGAAUGUGGAAAAGACUUUAGGAAGAACUGUGAUCUUACAUCCCAUAAAAGGAUCCACACAGGAGAGAAGCCUUAUCAAUGCAUGGAGUGUGGAAAGGCCUUUAGGUGUAGCAGUAGUCUUUAUUCCCACAAGAAGAUCCACGCAGGAGAGAAACCAUAUCAAUGUCUUGAAUGUGGAAAGAGUUUUAGGUGGAAUUGUCGUCUUACGUCCCAUAAAAUGAUCCAUACAAGGGAAAAAACCUUAUGAACACAUAGAGUGUGGAAAGAGCUUUUCAAGAAGUUCUUACUUGCCAUAGAAAGAUCCACGAAUAGGAGAAGCCAUAACAAUACAGGUGAUGAAAAUAACUGAAUUUAGAUAUACUAAUGUGAGAUGGUGACUAGAGAUACCAAUAGAAAUGAGAAAAUAGUUUUCAGUCUAAAACCAGUCGUGUCACUGGCUCCUCCCAAUAAACAUGAACACACAUAUAUUUUAUGUAAGAAAGUUCAGAUGAAGUGCUCUGAAAAGAAGCCACAACUGUGGGAUGUCCUAUAAACACAUAUGCAGAAGUUUUUCUCCAGUGAAAGUGCCAAAUUCCUUUUUUCCUGUGGAGUGACAAAGUCUCAAACAAAAGCUAAAUUUGUGGUAUAUUUUUGGUACAUGUACCUGUAGCCUUAGAUUAAAUUAAAGAAAUACAGUUGGUGUGAUUAUUUAACAGAUGGUCAAAGGAAAAGGGGAAUUCAAAGUAUUCUGGCAUCAAAAGCUGUCCAGCAUCAACUGAGGAAAGUGACUUUUGAAAACUGCAGAGCCUGAAAUAAAGUUAGGACGAUCACUGCAGGAAUUGUUGGUAGAGAGCUGCCACAUGGGAUGUGCUGCAAUUCACUAAGGGAAUUACUACUACUUUGAGUUUGGGAAUCUCACUCCAGCUUGAAAACAUUUACUCCAAAGAGAGCUUAGCAAUAUGCUGUCAGAUCUCUGAGGUAGCCAGACAGGAAUCACGGCCAGACAGGCUAACUCUAUUGUAAGGCUCUAUUGUACUACUACUAUUCAUACUGUGUUGUAAGGCUGUAUGAAUAGAAUUGUGCAAGUCUGAAAGUACA